AUGUUGAAACUCCUAGCCCUUGGAGCGCCCGACCUUGCUGGGCCUAAAGACAAGGUAAAGGAAGAAAAGGCUGAUGAAGAAGAUGAAGAGGAAAAGGAAGAGGAAGAGGAAGAGGAAGAGGAAGAGGAAGAGGAAGAGGAAGAAGAAGGCGAAGAGGAAGAGGAAGAAGAAGAGGAAGAAGAAGAAAAAGAAAAAGAAGAAGAUGAGUCUAGAAACGGACAGAAAAAUGGAGUAGAAGAUGAAGACAGGAGACAAUCAGAAGAAGAACAAACAAACAACGAACUCUCGGAAAAUGGAGGAGAAAACGAAAACAAUAAUGAGAUAGAUAUAAAUGGACAGAAUGGAGUUGAAUCGCCAAAUGGUCCUGCUGGGGAGAACGGAAUUCACGAUGUCAAUAGCAAUGUAAUAACGAAUGCGAACGGACAAGGACCAGUUGGCCCACCAGGACCCGCCGGGCCUCCAGGAUUAAAGGGAGAGGCGGGACCGCCAGGACCGCCUGGACCGCCAAGUCCCCCUGGGCCACCCGGACCGCCUGGACCACCUGGACCGGCUGGAAACCCUGGAUCUCCACAACCAGCGCCACCGGUACCUAGGCCACCACCACCACCGCCUAAAAGGAAAGACUUCGAGGAUGAUGAGACCAUCGAUAAAUCGGGAGUAGAAGGCAGCGACGACGUGCCUGAAGACGUCAUCUGGCGGGAGUUGAUGGAGGUUCGUGGACGAGUACCCAUGGCGAAUCCACAAGACGCGCAGACGGACGCGCAACCGGGUGAUACUGCGGACUCGAACGAGUGGUUAGAUGUUGGUGGUGCGAGGGGCGUAGUGCGAGUUGGAUGCGCAGUAAGAUCAGCGCUGGUCGAAAUGGAUGGUGAGAUGGCGAGAUGGAGCGAUGAUGAUGCUAUGGGCUGGAGCGUCUAUCCUGAGACUUGUAAAUAG